CGCAGCCGGUGGCGGGGCGCGCCGUCGGGGCGGGUGGGAGCUGCCGUUUCCCCGGCACCGCCCGUGCUGCGCGUCGCCCGCACUCGGGCGCGGGGAGCUGGUGGCCGCUCUGACGCCGCGCACCAUGGCCGUCGCCUACCUCCUGGGCAACGGCUCCGCGCCGCUUCUCGCCGGCGCCCUGGAGGUCCCAUUCGGAGCCAAUGCCUCCGCCGCCGCCUGCCGCCCCGCCGUGCCUCCCUGCACGGCCGCCCCGCCGGGCGCCUGGGGUAACAGCACGGCGGGCUGGAACCGCUCCGAGCCCUGCGGCGGUGCCAACGGCAGUGCUGGCGGUGGGCCAUGUGCUCCCGCGGGCGGCGGCGGUCCCUCCGUGGUCACGGCUAUCGCCAUCAUGGCCCUCUACUCUGUAGUGUGCGUCGUGGGGCUCUUCGGCAACUUCUUGGUCAUGUACGUCAUCAUCAGAUACACAAAAAUGAAGACUGCCACCAAUAUCUAUAUUUUCAAUCUUGCAUUGGCAGAUGCACUAGCAACAAGUACUUUGCCGUUCCAGAGUGUGAAUUACUUGAUGGGAACAUGGCCAUUUGGUACAAUCCUUUGUAAGAUCGUUAUAUCCAUAGACUACUACAAUAUGUUCACCAGUAUCUUUACUCUCUGCACCAUGAGUGUGGAUCGCUACGUAGCUGUUUGCCACCCAGUUAAGGCUCUUGAUUUCCGUACCCCCAGAAAUGCCAAAAUUGUCAAUGUCUGCAACUGGAUUCUUUCUUCUGCCAUUGGUCUGCCAGUUAUGUUCAUGGCAACUACUAAAUACAGGCAUGGCUCUAUUGACUGCACACUUACAUUCUCCCACCCUGCGUGGUACUGGGAAAACCUCCUGAAAAUCUGUGUGUUCAUCUUUGCCUUCAUCAUGCCAGUCCUGAUCAUUACUGUGUGCUAUGGGCUGAUGAUUUUACGCCUAAAGAGUGUCCGCAUGUUAUCUGGCUCUAAAGAGAAGGACAGGAACCUGCGGAGGAUUACGAGGAUGGUUCUUGUAGUGGUGGCAGUGUUCAUCAUCUGCUGGACUCCCAUCCACAUUUAUGUCAUCAUUAAAGCCCUGGUCAACAUCCCAGAAACUACUUUCCAGACUGUCUCCUGGCACUUUUGUAUUGCUCUAGGGUAUAUAAAUAGCUGCCUUAAUCCAGUCCUAUAUGCAUUUCUAGAUGAGAAUUUCAAAAGGUGUUUCAGAGAAUUCUGCAUCCCCACCUCCUCAACCAUUGAGCAGCAGAACUCCACCCGGGUCCGACAAAAUACUCGUGACCAUGCUUCCACUGCCAACACUGUGGACAGGACUAACCAUCAGGUUCUCACUUGGAAAUGGGGGGGAUCUCACAAGGGAAAGCUGUGAUUGUGUUAUCAGUCUUACCCACACUUCGAUGGUGGAGCAGAACUGCCAAAUGUGUCAUGGGCCCAUACAUCUAUGUAUGUAUGUAUCUAGUAUUCACUAUAUGAAGCAAAAGUUUAUUUGAUAGGCUCAGCCCUCACUAGUGCAUUUGUGAUCCUCGGUGGAGUCAAUUUUGUGUGCAUUUGACAAGAGAAUUGAAUCUUUAUCUAGUAAGUGUCCAUUGUUUUACAGUGCAGUUUGUAGGCAUGUAUCUCCCACAUUUACUUAUAAAUCUUUUUAUAAAUUUUAGAAGAGUUGUAGCCUUCUAAAUUUCUACCGUUAGCAAAAAUUAUUAUGGUACUGCGCAAAGGCUGAUUAAAAUAAAGCCUAUUUCACUGGGCACAGAGCAAACACAGAACAGAAGAUGAUCCUUACUGAAAGGAUAUUAGUCUAUACCAAGGGAGAGAGCCGCCUGAGGUAGGGACAGAAGUUAGCUUCUUAAUGGCAACAGGGAGCAAGCUAAUCACAGAGCUGGAAUUUUGGCUGAUUGUUUUUAUUCGUUUCCUUCAGUGAGUAGCGGUGGAAUUAGCUAAGAAGAGAUAAAGCAUAGUAAAGAGAAGUGAAAGGGAAGGUGCUGAAGGGAAAGGAAGCUGAUGGGAAGAAUGCGGAGGAGAAAGGGGAAUAUCAGGAAUAAGGUCAGACAGAGGCAGUAAGGGAGAAAACUGAAGCAAAGAGAUGAUGUACUACAUGUAAGAAAAGUGUGUUCAGAACUGUAAGAAAUUGUGUGACUACCCAGCUUUCACUACUUCUGUAACUCUUCCUAAAAACUUGCUAGCAGGUUUCCCUGAGGCCAUGGAGAAGAAGACUUACUUGGAAACUCCUGACCUCAUAGAUUUGUUUGCAUAGCCUGGUAUUUGAGAGAAUUUGAAGUGGCCAUAAAUGGGUCCAGUCAUUUCCCUCACCACCAUCCAGCAGUCCUUGCUUUGGCAGAUACUGCCACUGCUUUCUUUGUGCCAGGCACGCUCUCUGGAUGCUGACCUGAACCUUCUCACUGCGACACUCCCUGGGCACAGCACACCAGCUAGUGGCAGCUGUCUUUCUCAUCCUCUGCAGAAGCAAUGGAAUACAGUCACAGCAAGCCAUAUUCACAGCUGAAUAUUAAACUUCAUUUUUAUAUUUUCUUCUACAACAGACUUUUCUGUAAAAGACAACGUUUUUGGUGUCUCUUACCAUCAAAAUGUCAGAAAGAUUGUAGUACUCUUCUACUCUGAGGAGGUUCUCCGAGUAGUACUGACAAAUGUAACAUUGUAUUUAUUUAUUUUAGACAGAAAAAGCCCUAGGGUGAAUGCAGUUUUUUCGCUCAGAAAAUGUAAAAAAGCACUUUGCUCGAACAGUUGGUAAGCUUCUGUAAAUUCUAUUGACAGGACAUUCUUUUCACAGGUAAGUCCUUUCUGUAUAGGCAAGUCUAGCCAGUAUAUCUGUAUUGAUCUAAGUGUACUGACAAGCUCUUUCUUGUAAAGACAAGGCCUUGGAGAGCAUUUGCUAUGAAUUCUAAUUGCACAACUGCAUAGUGGUGGGCACAGUUCAAGUUAUUUUCAAAGAAGCAGCUGUUCUACAAGUUGCUUUUUUGCCAAGUGAGAAUUCUUACUCCUGCUAAAGGUAAUGAGAAUUGCAGGCGCUCAAUUGCAAAACAGCUUGGGGCCUCACACUCUUAAAGUACUUAAAAUAAGCAUUCACUUGUGGAAAUAACAGUCGUGUUUUCUACCAGUGCAAAAGCAGGAACAGCAAACACAAACAUUCUUAUUACUCUGCAUUUAGAUAUUUGCCUUUGGCUUAUUUCAUGGGUCUUUGAGAUUACUGAAAGGUUUUUAUGGAUUAAGAAUUUGAUUACUGUUUUAUCAGCAUUUUGGAAAAGCACAAAUCAAGUUCUGACAUCCCUCAGAAAUGCAGCACUGAUGGUGUGAGCAUUUAUAAAAAUUGUACGUGCUCCGUGGAGCAACUUAUUUCUGAGGGAGAAAAAAACAGUGGCUAGUCAGGCAUCCACGUGUUGAAAUAAAAAGGAUAUUGGAGUAAAGAAAAAUUAUUUCUAAGUUGAAACAAGAAAAAAUUAAAAGCUGGUUUAACUAACUGAAAAAAAGUACUUUCUUACAUUUUAGUUUUCCCAGCACUUUGUGACAGCUUACAAACAAAUAUGGGGAGUCCUGUGCAGAAACCUGACAAAAGCUGUAUGGAUUCUAUAACUUCAGUCUUUAGCAGGUUUCACAUCUACCUGUUUUAAUCAAGAAUGACCUUUCUGUGUGUUAUUAGAAAAUUGGCAUGCCUGUAUAUAAUAUGGUACUUAAUUAUAAAACAUUGAUUUCUUAUAAAAACCAUUUCUGUCAAGAAAUCUUCAGAAAGUUUGUAUUAAUUUACCAGAUUCUUAAAACUAGGCAUUCUUUUGUGGCUGACUACCACUGUCGUGGGACCCUUGUAAAUCUUCUACGUAGCACAGAAAACAGAAUGUUUUCCAGACAAUUUAAUUAAAGGAGGUAACAAAUAUAAACAAUGCUAUGAGGACUGAAACUAAUUAAAUUCAUCCUUGGGCUGCAUAUGCUUGUGAUACAUUCCUCAAACUGAAAGUUAGAAUAGAUGGAGAUCAGAACAUUUCACUUACGGAAAAAGAACUGGGUAUCCUAUUACAUAAUCAUAGAAUCAUAGUGGUUGGAAGGGAUCAAGGUCUUCCAACCCCCUGCUAAAGCAGGUUCCCUAUCACAGGUCAUGCAGGAAAGCAUCCAGGAAGGUUUUGAAUAUCAUUAGAGAAGAAAACUCCACAUCUCUGGGCAGCCCAUUCCAGUACUCUGUCACCCUCACAGUAAAGAAGUUCUUCUUCAUAUUCAUAUGGUAUUUCCUGUGUUCCAGUUUGUGCCCAUUGCCCCUUGUCCUGUCACUGGGCAGUUGAAAAGAGCCUAUCUCCAUCCACUUGACUCCCACCCAUUAGAUAUUUAUAAGCAUUUAUAAGAUCCCAUCUCAUGGCUUCUCCAGACUGAACAGUCGCAGCUUCUCAGCCUUUCCUCAUCAGGGAAAUGUUCCAGGCCACUCAUAAUCAUCCACCUCUGCUGGACUCUUUCUAGAUGAUCCCUGUUUUUCUUGAACUGAAGAGCACAGAACUGGACACAGUACUCCAGGUGUGGUCUCACCAGGGCAGAGCAAAGUGGGGGGGAUCACCUCCCUUGACCUGCUGGUCACGCUCUUGCACCCCAUUGGCCCAGGGUACCAUUGGGCUUCUUGGCCAUAAGGACACACUGCUGGCUCAUGGUCAACCUGUUGUCCAUCAGGACACAUAGUUCCUUCUCUGCAGAGUUCCUCUCUAUCAGGUGAUUCAAUUCUGAAGUGAAAUGAACUUCGAAAUUCAGUUCUGGAUCUGGAUUUAUCCAAAAGACAGAUAUUCAGAUUCCAAAUCAAGUCAUUUUCUAAUAAAAAGAUGGGUGAGGAGGAACGUUUUCGAUGUAGAAUAAAGAAAACCCCUAAAUAUAGAAAGUUGAGUUGAGCAAGCAUUUAAGUUAUGUUCUGGCUUUGGAUAAAUUUAUCUCCAAUUAGUAUUCCUAACAGAUGUCACUUCUGUAAGUGCCUGGAAAACAGAGCAGUUAGAAAAUAAACUUUCUCCUUACUCCAAAACCCUUAACCAGAUGCAACCCUUUGCCUUCUCUUCACAGUUCAUCUGUGACUCUGCUUUCCAUAAAUAAAUACCUUACUUACAAUAUCCCCCUAUUUUCAACAAUUUCUGAUCGCUGAGCAGUAAAAAGGGUUGCAGGCUUUCAGGAUGUGAUGUAUAGCAAGCAAAUUUUCUUGAUGAAUAUUUCUGUAUUGAUAUCAUGACUGUACAUGAAUAAGCAUGGAUACUAUGGGCACCCAGGGCAGAGGGACAGUUGUGAUCGUUUCCUGAUAUAACUCCAUCUCACACAGAAUGUAAACUGGAUUUUGAAAUUCAAAUCCAGCAGUUAGCCAAUUUACUGAUGUGAACACAGAAAGCAUGCUAAUAUAGCAUUUAAAAUACCAGAUUCCCUGCAGUUGCUACAAAAAGAAUACAGGGAGUGAAUGAAAUUCUUCUCUACAAGUGAAACUCACAGAGAGUCCCCAUCUAGAAAGAAAACAGCUGGCUUGCUAUGUAACAGACUCUCAUGCAAACACAACAGGACUGCAGAUCUGUUUCUGUGUCAUUAAAGGUCAGACACGAAAUUUUUCUCUUACCAUUCUCUCUACCUUGUUGCAUUAUGACAGAGACUCAUCCUUGCCCUGCUGCCUGGGCUACCAGCUCAGCUUUACGGGGCAGGGUAGGAGCUGCAAAUGAAAUGUAAAUUCCUCUAAAAAAAAGACACACAUGUAAACACACACACACGCAAGCUGGUGGGGGCUUGGGGGUAUAAAUCAAGUGAUUGCUCAUUGUAUUUGCAAUUUCUUUCCUUUCAGUUGGAACUCCAAGAAGCUGAAACCACCCCACUGCCGUGACAGGGUCUCCUGCAGUAUAGCCCUCAAAGCAAUUACAAACCAGUGGCACAGUGUUUCUGUGCAAUCCACUAUGGGAUGGUGUAGGAUACGCUUUCCCUCAAAAAAAAAAGAAAAAAAAUGAUAAAAGAAUAAACACAGAGGAAAGUGCCUGCUUUUCCAGUCUGUCAAAAACUGCUUCUGCAGCACUUCUACGUUGCUCGUAACAGAAGCAUGAAACUCAAUGGCAACAGAGCCAAGAGAUGUGGGGGCUUUCCAGGCUCCACUGUUCAAAACAGUCGUAUUAACCAGGAAUACAUCUGUUAGUCUAAAAGCAAAGCUAUCUGAUAUGCUCUGACAAGUUACAAUGGCAUUAAACAGAUUGGAAACAAAAGUUCAAAAGACAACUUUUGAAAAAAAAGUUGAGCUUUUAAUGACAGGAAAUAAUGGGAAAUGAAGCUGUAAUACUGUUGGGUACUCGAUUUACAUUUAAAAAUUUUUUUGUAGAGGUGUUUUCUGUGCAGGUUGUUUGUGUGCUGAAGUCUCACGGGAUCAUCUAGAACAACACAUUGGAAAUUCAAGAGUUCUUCUCUUAUAAGGAUUGCAUGUUCCAUAACUUCAAAAGGAAAAUAUUUCCUUCAGUGAUCAUUCAAAGAAAAGAAAAACCUCCAAGCAUUACCAUUCUCUUCUGCUUCUCACAUAAGAACUAGACCUUUACAAUCAAAACAAUGAGGUAUCAGUUCACCUAAUAGAGAUGAGUAAAUGAAAGUAUCCCAUGCUGUUAUUUGUAGGAUUAUCCCCAAAAAAGUAUUGACUGUGUUAUUGUAAACUCCAGUGUGAAUAAAUGUACAGCUAAAAGCUUGUCAGAGCUGGCACAGGCAACAAUGAAUUCUUUUAGUUUCCCAAAUUUCAACUGCCCUGUCAGCAAUAUCUCAAACUUGGAAGUCAACAACAGUCCCUGUGUGAAGUGCUUGGAAGAAUUAACACAUCAGAGCUGCUUUAAAAAAACAGAAAGUUACAUUUUGAUAGAAAUCCAUUUUUUUUCUUAACCAAACCCAUGUGUUUGCUUUUUUAACUAACUUAAUACAGUCUGCAUUUCCAUUUUGUAUUAGCUAGUAAAACACAUGAAGAUUUAUGGAAGAAACAUUGUACUGAAGUAAAUGCCAUCCUGUUUUUUUGUAUGGAAAAUAGAAAUAUCCAUGUAGAUAACUUGUGGUGCGAUAGUAUUUUCUAGCCAUUGUUUGUUACUUGCUUUGUAAAUAAAUCAUCUGUAGUUAUGCAAGGGGGGAAAGUUUACUUCAGUGUAUUCUAAAAUACAACUCUAUGGAACAGGGUUUUCUUCUAUUUAUUUCUGCUUAUUUAUUUCUUACUUUCACUGUUAAAAUCUGUGUAACAGAAUAUGCUUUUAGCGUGAAGUCAUUUGUUUCUGCCUUGGACUGUGUAGUAAAGACUGAAGGCCAAAUCCAUGUGAGUUGUAAAUUGAAGUAACGCUAUUUGUGUUUCAUCAGUGUGAUGAGGUUAAAUAUGUAGACCUUUAUAUCAGCUUAAUAUGGAACCAGACAUAGCAGAAGUGCCUUUUUUCCAUUUUCUGUUGAAAAUUCUGCCAUGCUGUCAUAGAGAUUCCAUAUUUAAUUUUGUAUUAGUCUAGCAAGAUUUCCUCACAGUCAUCAUUAAAGUUUAAACCAGAUCUGUCAUCAUCUUAAGACAGAGGUUUUUCAUCUAACUUUAAAAAAGCAUAGGAUAGGAACUCAAAAAAAAAAAAUUGGACAUGUUCUUUUGCACUACACAGCAGUAUUA